UUAAAACGGUUAGUUUAAUUGCAAUUUGGUAAAAAUAGCCACAAGAGCAACCGACUUUGUAACUCGUUGAUACCACUCUUUCAUGUUGCUUAUUAUUUAUGGUCGUGACUCGCACUUCGACGCGUCUCCGAGUUGCUCGAGCGAUUAACGGUGAUAAUUUUGGAUAUCGUGAAUUCACGUCAGAUAUCCGCGUAAGAGAAGAAUGAGUAUUCUCGCGUACAAUGGUGGUGCUGUGAUAGCCAUGAAGGGCAAGAACUGUGUGGCUAUAGCAGCGGAUCGUAGAUUCGGUAUACAAGCUCAGACAAUAAUGUGCGACUUCCAGAAGAUUUACGAGAUGGGAUCGCACUUGUAUGUCAGUCUGCCUGGACUUGCCAGCGACACUCAGACCGUCAUGGAGAGGCUACGCUUUCGUCUGAAUCUUUAUGAACUGAAAGAGAACAGAAAGAUCCAUCCAAAAACAUUCACUGCUAUGAUCUCGAAUUUAUUAUAUGAGAGGAGAUUUGGACCAUACUUUGUAGAACCCAUAGUAGCUGGCUUAGAUCCAGUAACAUCUGAACCAUUCAUCUGCAAUAUGGACCUGAUAGGAUCCAGAAACAUAGCUGAGGAUUUUGUAGUAGGUGGUACGUGUACAGAGCAGCUUUAUGGUAUGUGCGAGUCGCUUUAUGAACCAGACUUAGGACCUGAGGAUCUGUUUGAAACAAUCAGUCAGGCCUUGGUUAAUGCGUUUGACAGAGACGCGAUAUCUGGAUGGGGUGCUGUUGUUUAUAUUAUAGAGAAAGAUAAAGUAACAAAGAGAACCAUCAAGACACGAAUGGAUUAAAUACAAUUCUCUUUUUACAUUGAUAUAUGCGGCAAGACUUUCAUAAUUAUUAUUGUAAUUAAGUUUAAUAAAUGUAAACAAAAACUUACAAGAUCA